CUCGGGAGGCUCACUGCUGAGCGGGGUGCUGAGAGCGGAGCCAUGGCCGAUGAGCAGAGAGACCUCAUCUCCGACGCUGCCAGUGUCAGAGACACCCAGAGGUCUGCGGUUGGCCGCAAAGCUGCCCUCUCCGCGCUCUCCGUCCUGGUGGCCCUGCUGAUCGUCGGCCAAGCUGUCACCGUCUACUUCGUCUACCAGCAGAAUGGGGAGAUCAGCAAGCUGACCAAGGCCUCCCAGGCGCUGCAGCUGGAGGCGCUGCAGAGGAAACUGCCUGUCGGUACCAAGCCAGCAAAGAUGAAAAUGGCUGUGAUGAACACACCUCUGGCCAUGAAGGUCCUGCCUGUCGCCCCCAUGGCAGACAGACUGUACAUGGGUCCCCCCAGCAACAAAACCGAGGACCAAGUGAAGCACCUGCUGCUGCAAGCAGACCCCACAAAGAUGUUCCCGGUGCUGAAGGACAGCCUGCUAGACAACCUGAACAGCCUGAAAACCACCAUGAAGGAUGCAGACUGGAAGUCCUUUGAAUCCUGGAUGCACAAGUGGCUGCUGUUUGAAAUGGCCAAGAACCCUAAGCCAGAGGAGCCCAAGGCAGUCCCAGCAGCAAAAGUGCAAACUAAGUGCCAGGCAGAGGCCAGUUUUGGGGGCACCCAGCCGGGCCGCUUCCGCCCACAGUGCGAUGAGAACGGCGACUACCUGCCCAAGCAGUGCCACGGUGCCACGGGCUACUGCUGGUGCUGCUACAAAAAUGGCACCAAGGUUGAGGGCACUGCCACUCGGGAAAAGCUGGACUGCCCUGAUGUUCCUGCUGCUACCACGGAGCCAGAUGAGUUGAUGUUCUCUGGAGUGGACAUGCUCAAGCUGGGGGCAGAAAAAGUUGAGUAGAAGAUGCCAGCCAAGGCUUCUCCUCCAGCAUCCCAGCUCACCUGGUUUAUUCCAAUUGCUCUUUCAUUUCCGCUCUCACACUGCUUUCCCGAGGCAACUAACAGCAGGCACCCCUGUGAACCCCUGCCCCUCCAGGCAUCACCUGCAACCCUGCUGCAGGGCACCAGACAGGGCUGACCUGCCACCAGGACCAGUGCUAGAGAAGAAGUGUUUCCUCAGAGGGUGGGUAAGGCAGGUUGGGAAGUGAUUGAAUCAGCGUCAGUCCCACAGCUCCUGUCCCUUUUGCCCCUCGGCAGCCCCCAGGCUGAAGAAUGAGCUGCUUGUGCUUUCUUAUGCUCAAUCAACAUUAAAAGCAGCAAAACAACCUCCACCACCUUCUUAAUUGACACAGGUAGAAGCUCCAUUAGAUGAGUGGAGUUGAGUGGUUUAUUGUGGAGUGCUGAGUUUUGACGAUGGGACAUUCACCUUCAGCUUCUGCCUUUAGGCUGGAGAGCAACUGCAGUAGUGGAAAGCAGUGGGCAGAAGGGUUCUAGUUCUGAAUCUAUCUAGUAGUUCCUUUAUAAACGACCUCACAAGCUACUGAUCUCAAAUAAACUUCUGAAUAAAGCCUUGUAAGCAACUCCAGCAGGGCAGUACUGGCAAAGAGGCUGCAGCUGUUGGAGGUUAAAAAUAAAUCAGUGGGAAAAAGAAA